UGCUUAGCAACGGAUAGGAGGAUGGAGACCGGCAGUGGUGCUGAAUCAGAGAUUGCAGACGAUGAAAAUAAACAGCUGCUUACAAAAGAUGAAGAGGCAGAGGACAGCAGUGCCAAAGAGGAAGGGGAAGGAGCAGCUCCCCCAGUGGUCAUGGAAGAAGAGGGAGAACAUGCUCUUACAGAGGAAGGGACAGAAGCUGGUGCUGCUUCAGAGUUCACAGAAAAAGGGACAGAAGGUGAUCUUGCAUCAACCAUAGAAGGAGGAAUAGGCGGGUUGCUUGCAACAGCCACAGAAGAAGAGGUAGGGGCACUUCCUGUGGUGGCCAUGGAAGAUGAGACUGGAAGUGUCCCUACAGAGGCUAUGGAAGAGGGGGCUGGAGGUCCUCCAGUGGUGACCACAGAAGAAGGGGCAGGAGGUGCUUCUGCAGAGCCCUUGGAAAAUGAGACAGAAGGUAUUCCUGAAAUGACCAUGGAAGAGACUGCGCCCAGCAUGAUGACAAGUCAAGAUGUUCCUGAGGAUAGAGGGCCCACCUUUGAAAAGGAACAGGUUUCUGAGGUUUUCUCAGAGGAGGCUCAAGUGGCCAAUAUUCCUUCCAGAGUAUUCAGUGAGGCCUCUCCUUCAUCUUCAGGAGCCAGCAGCCUGAGAUCUGAAGUGGCAGAGCUGUCAGAGGAGCGUUUCGUAUCAGGUACCACUAGAUCAGUGAUCUUCCCUCCUUACAUUGACUCUGAACUUCAGACUUUGUCUCUACACCUCGGUCCAAUGGAAGAUCAAGAGAAUGAGGCCAUUUUGCAUUUUGCCGAGAGGGCGCUUGGUGGUGAUCAGGCAGAAGAAGAAACCCAGUUAGUUGUGCUGGACCCAGAACAUUCCCUGAUGAAAAGAUUCCAAACUGCUCUAAAGGACUACCUCAAUAAACAGAUCGGAAAACUAACUGAAGAGCUUCGGGAGCUGACAGCAGCCACAAAGAAUGGGAAGAUGCAGAGAGAAGAGCUUGGUGUAAUCCUCUAUGGGGUCCAGCAGCAGUUGGCCCGUCUGCAGAUGGAACUGGAGAAGAACCACAAUUGUCAUUCCCAGAUUGCUAUGUCACGCCGGCAACUGGAGGAGGAAUUGCAUGACCUCAGAAGUGCGUACAAGAAGAACUGCCAGAGUGCAGAGGACGAACGCAAAAGAGUUUCAUCCAUGCAAACUGAGAUGGAAAGUCUGUCCCUGCGCCUGUUUUAUAUGCAGAACAUGGACCAAGAUGUCCGGGAUGAUAUUGCUGUGAUGAAAAGAACAGUGAAGAAGGCUGAGAUGGAGAGGAUGCGUGCAGAGGUGGAAAAGCAAAAACAGGACCUUCACGUGGACCACUUAACAAGGAGGGUCAAUGAGCUGCAGGAACAGAUUGCUCUUUACGAAGCACAGCACAUGGCCCAAGCUGAAGAUACCAGGAUCACACGCCAGGAAGUGGGAGAGGCAAGCAUAGAGAUACAGGCCAUUCACCUGGAGAAAAAGCAGCUCUUGCAUCAGUGGACCGUCAGCUUGAAUGGCAUGAAGCGCAGAGAUGAGGCCUAUGCUGCCAUGCAGGAAGCACUGAGAGAAUCCAGGCACAAGCUCAAAUCUUUAGAGAUUGAGAUUGAAGUCUACAAGAAGUCCAUCAUUAAAGAGGAGGAAAGAAAUGAACUGUUGGCUUCUAUUUUGAACCGUUCGGAGAAUGAUGCCAACACAAGCAGGAAGCUGAUAGCCCAGAGUUUGUCUAAACAGGAUGCCAUGAAAGUGGAGUUUAGCACCUAUACUCGCACCCUCCAUGAAACAGAGCAAGCCCUGAGUCGGGCCAGUGCGGAUCAAGCUGCUCGUAUGAAUGAGUUGGUGGUUCUUCGAAGAGAGACAGAGAAGGGAUCGCAAGCCAAGCAGCAGCUGGAGAAUGAAAUCAUAGGAAAGCUGCAGGAUCAGCUGAUGUCUAGCAAAGCAGCCAAGUACUAUUCACAACUAGCAGCUAAACUCCAAGACCAGCUCAUGACUCUGGAGAUACAGCUCACCAAAGUGGAGAAUGAUACAGCCCAAACCCUCCUGGAUAUAACAUCCACCAAUUGCAGGCUGAAUAUGCUUGAGAAGACCCUCUCAGAUCUGGACAAGGAAAUGGAUAACUUAAACAACCAGAUCAAUCACAGCGAAAAUGAGAUUGCUAAGCGUAACCUUAUGAUUGGACGCAAACAAGGGAUCAUCAACCUAUACAACAAGAAACUGGAAAUGUUAAUUUCUCAGCUGGGGGGACAAGAAUUGGGGCCCUUGGAAAUUGAAAUCAAGAGACUUGCUAAGCAGAUAGAUGAAACUGACUUAGAGGUGGUGAAGCUGCAGAGACACUGGAUGAAGCAGCAGAGAGAACUGGUGAAACUGACGGAGGAGCGGGAUGAGCAGCUGGCUUCUUUGGAUAUGUUAAAGAAAGAGAUCACAAUUAAAGAGCAGAAGAAAAUCCGCAUUGAGAAUGAAAUCCAGCAAGAAAAAAAUGAAUUGAAGAACAUUGAACGCCAUAUGAAGAACAUGGCUAAUGAUUUGGUGAAGCUACAUUUAUUGAUCAAUAAGAACAGGGAGAAUUCUGAAGAGUUGCAGCAGGGCAACACUAUCAUGGAAAAUGAGUUUGUGCGCACUCUUAAGGUAUCUGAAAGAGAAUCAAUUGAGAUGCAAGAGAAACUGGACUGCCUCCAGGAAGAAAAAGAGAGACUUCUCAAUAGUUUAGUGGAGGCAGAGUGUCACAUGAUGCAGUGGGAAAAGAAGAUACAGUUGGCUAAAGAGAUGCGAGCAGCCGUGGACUCAGAAACUGGGCAGGGUGAGAUCAGAGCCAUGAAGACAGAGAUUCACAGGAUGCAGGUAAGGCAUCAGCAGCUGAUGAAACAGCAAGAGAAGCUUAUGCGAGACAUGGAGGCAGCUGUGGCCCGCCGAGAGACCAUUGUGAUUCGUGGUGAAGGCCAACAGAAACUUAAUAAGCAAGUGCUCACCAAGGGUGAUUUCCAGUAUAAAAAACUGGAGCUGAAGAAGAAGAUCAAAGAGACUCAGAAGAAUGCUGAGGAGUGCAAUAGAACCAUAAUUCAGCUUGAAAAUACACAGAGAAAUGUCAGUAACGCUGUCCUGGAGAAACAGAAAGAGAUCUCCCUCUGGAAUGCUGAAAUAAAUGAGUUUGAAAUACAAGCAGAGCAGCUGCAGGCAAAGAAACGGCAGAAUCUUUCAGAUAUCGUGGCUUAUCAGAGUCGCACAAAGCAUUUGCAAGCUGUGAAGGAAGGGAGAUACAACCCAUUAUGUCGCUCUGAGUUAAUGAUACGCAUUGAACAACAGAAGCUGGAGGAGCGUUUGCAUGCCAUUAAUGCCAUUCUUCAUCAAGCUGGACAGGAGUACCCUCAUCACCAGAGGACACUGCAGAGGCUCAGCCAAAUCUUAAACAACCAGCUAGUUGCACAAGCAGAAGAAGAAAGAGGGUUAACAUACUAGGGCUGAAUCAUUUAUACUGUAGAUAUUUCAUCAAUAAAUAUGUAUUUGUGGAUGACUGGAACAUUAUUAUCUGAUACCUUGCCAAUGGAGGAGCACAACAAAAUGAUUUUGAAGUGCGGGGAUGG